CUGGGCUUGUCAGCUGACACGCCGCUCUCCACCAUGUCGCCUUCCUCCAGCCCGUAACCGAAACUUUUGGGAAACGAGCCUACGAUAUCGUAACCCGCAGUCAACGCCGGCUCCUCGAACUGUAUAGACAUCGCGCACGGCGCCGAAUGAGCCGAAAGCUCCGCUUUCGAGUCUGAGCUGUUAAUCAAGUGGCCGAAUGAUCCGACGAGGAAUGUUGUCGAUUACGUUUACGCGAGCUAGCAUGGCAAGCUAACUUAGCAGGCUACACUAUGUCCGGUGAAAAACGUGUAAACUUCACAUUAAACCGAAUCACAUCGUCGUGUUGUGCGAGUAAAAAAAUUUUUUUACCGAUGCAUUAAAGUGUCAUUAUAUCAUAAAAAGUCUGAUCAAUAUGGUCUAAAGUUCGGGGGUACAAAACCAGUGGCACUUUUCCUACGGGUGCCUCCGCUUCCUUCUGAUUGGCUGGUCUGCCCACCCGCCGUCAUGUGAUUGUGUCAGAUACCGGAAGACUUCAACAACGGUUCCAGGAUGACAGUGGUUGUCCAGUGGUUGCUCCUGGUGGUUCCGGUGGUGCUGGUUGCAAGCAGGCCGGCGCAAGACUCCACCAAUGGGACAGUACCUCUGGUUAUGUGGCAUGGGAUGGGUGACAGUUGCUGCAACCCGCUCAGCUUGGGGGCGAUAAAGAAAAUGAUCCAGCAGGAUAUUCCGGGCAUUUACGUUCUGUCAUUGAUGAUUGGCAAGAAUUUUGUGCAGGACACAGAAAGUGGAUUCUUCAUGGAUGUGAAUGAGCAGGUGUCCAUGGUGUGCAGUCAGCUGGCUCAGGAUCCCCAGUUAAAGGGAGGAUACAACGCUAUGGGAUUCUCGCAGGGGGCGCAAUUUCUGAGAGCCGUGGCACAGCGAUGUCCUUCUCCACCAAUGAAGACGCUCAUCUCUGUCGGUGGCCAGCACCAAGGUGUGUACGGGCUGCCAAGGUGUCCCGGAGAGGCAUCCCACCUCUGUGACAUGAUCCGAAAGGCCCUCAACACUGAAGCCUACAGUGACCUGGUUCAAAAACACCUGGUGCAGGCCCAGUACUGGCAUGACCCUUUAAAUGAUGACCUUUACAAGAAACACAGUCUCUUCCUUGCUGAUAUCAACCAGGAGAGGGUCGUAAACGAGACUUAUAAGAAAAAUCUUCAGAUGCUGGACAAAUUUGUCAUGGUUAAGUUUCUACAAGAUUCUGUGGUGGAUCCUGUUGAUUCUGAGUGGUUUGGCUUCCUGAAAACAGGUCAAGCCAAAGAGACUGAAACUCUACAGGAGAGUGUUCUCUACAAAGAGGAUCGCUUGGGCCUGGCUGUCAUGGACAAGGCAGGAAAGCUGGUCUUUCUUACCACAGAAGGAGACCACCUUCAGUUUACCAGAGAAUGGUUUAAUGCAAACCUGCUGCCCUACUUACGCUAAGAACACAAAUUCCUGCCGGUGUUUCUUGCGCCAGAAGGGGACCACCUUCAGUUUACCAGAGAAUGGUUGAAUGCAAACCUGCUGCCCUACUUACGCUAAGAAAACAAACUGUGGGUGAGGGUCAUCCUAACUACUUCGACAUGGGGCUGUAGAAAGCACAGCAUUCCCCUCCUGUUGCACUAAUCUGUAGCAUGCUGAGGAGUUGAGGUUAAUGGUAAAGCUAAUUUAUGUCUACUGCUCUUAUUACUUCUUACUUGAUCGGUUGUUUUUACUUUCUUGAUAAAAGAUUAUAAUUGGGUGAAAAUUAUUUUUUUGAAUGUUAACUUUUUUUUUUUUUUUUAAGAAUAGUUGCUAUUAAAGUUCAUUUCCAUGCAUACACAUCUCAAUAAAAACAAGAAC